AUGUCCGAACUACAGAGCCUCGCCCCGGAGACGGCCUUCACCGUCGCAUCUACGUUCCUCGCGUACUACUACAGCGAGUUCGUGAAGCUGAACGAGCUGGCGCGCAUGUCCGACCUGUAUGACGAGCGGUCCUACAUGACGCUUGUGGACUUCCGCGACGAGGUGCCGGUGGUGGCGCACGGCCGCAACGCAGUGGCAAACCUGCUGGCGAAGCUUGACAGCACGCUCGGUCAGCGCAAAAUCGAGAUCAUUACUGUGGACACCGUGGCCCUGCCGCACAACUGCGUUCAGGUCAUAUGCCAGGGCGUGAUGUACCUGCGUGAGUACCGCCGUGUGUUCCUGCACGUCUUCAUGCUGGAGCCAACAGCGUACCGCACCAAGACGUAUCACAUCGCCUCCGACUACCUGCGCUUUGUAGACUCGGAGAAGGAGGUCAUCCCAGAGGGUGCCGUGGUUAUUGCAGCCGACCAAGUCGCCGCCUACCUCGAGGAGAGCCGCCGCCGUGUCGAGGAGGAGCAGCGCCGCCAGCUCCUGGAGUUCCAGCAGCGCAUCCGUCUGCAGCAGCAGCAGCUGCUGCAGCAGCAGCAGCAGAAGGCCGCCGCUAUGAACGUGCCUGCCCCCGCCUCCCGCCAGUCUCGCCCGGUUGUCUCGGCCUCGUGCGAACCAUCCGAUCCCCAAGAGCAGCAGCGCCCCGCCCGCCCACCGCGCGAUGGCGUCCGCCCCGCUCGCGGUGAGCGCAAGCCCCGUGAGCUGCGCGAAAACCGUGAGCCGCGCGAGAACCGCGAGCUGCGCGAGAACCGUGGCGAGCGCAAGCCUCGGGAGCCUCGUGGUGAGCACAAGCCGCGCGAGGGGGAAGAAAAGGUCGCUGCUGCGUCACCGUUUCGCCCGCCUGGUGAAGGAAAGAAAAGUGGCGAGCGCGGCAACCGGAAGCCUGCCGCCGCCGCGAACGCCGCGAAAGGCGCAGCAGAUACUGCUGCUGCUACCCCGGCCCCCGCCGCGGAGCGGAAGCCGCGCCGCGAGUCGAGCCCGACCGCUGCUAUUAUCAUACUUCGUGUGCCGAAGAAGAUCAAGCUGUCGGACAUCAAGGCGGAGCUGGUCAGCCAGGGUUUCUCCGAGCUGAAGGACCUCUUUUGGUGCGGCCGCGACAGCGCCCACGCAGUGGUGAAGUUCUCCGCAGUGGAAAAGGCGACAGAGGUCUUUGAGACGAAGCCCUUCAAGAUUCAAGGCGAGAGCCUGAACAUGGACUACUACCACGAGUAG